AUGGGAGAGAGAGGGAGCGUCAGCAAGGAAACGUCCGUCGUCCCCAAUCCCGCCGUUACAGUUCCCACCACCGUCUUCCCCGGAAGCACCAUCACUUCCAACUCCACUUUCAUCAUCAUCGGACCUCCACCACCGUUCCCGGCGCCUCCCCGGAGUAUCGACCUCUCUCCUCUCAAACUUAUCUUCGCCGUCAUAGCAAUCAUCGCCGUUCCCGCCUUAGCUUACGCUCUCUUCUUCGCCGUCCCUUGUUCUUCCUCCCGUCGCCGGAGCAACACUAACAGCUCAUCCUCCGACGAAACACCUCAGAUCAUCGUAGAGCCCUCUCCGCCGAUCACGGCCGAGAGGGACGCCUUCGCCGCCGCGAAUGAUUCCGGCGUGAAGUUUCAGAAAGAGACGCAUUCCAAAGAGAUCGGAAACGAGUGCACCGUGUGUUUAUCGGUGUUCGCCGACGGCGAAGAAAUCCGGCGACUGAGCGCGUGUGAACACGCGUUCCACGUGUCAUGUAUUGAGAUGUGGCUCAAAGAUCAUCCCAAUUGUCCCAUUUGCAGAGCAGACGUCUCCGUUAAACAGACCGAAACCACCGUUAACGUUAACGGUAACGUCAAUCGCGGUGGUGGAAAUCGCAGAGUUUCAGCGACUAGUAGAGACGACGAUUGGCGUCAUGUUUUUUUCGGAGUUUUCCUAUUAUUCCUUCUGGGUUUAACACUAACCUCUCGAAAACCCUCCGAUUCGUCCUCCGGUUUAACCCCAAACCGGAGCCUAAUCGGAAAAUCGGAGAUUCCGAGGUUCGCGUAUUUGGUAACGGGAACGAAAGGGGAUGUGAAACGAGUGAAGCGGCUACUCAGGGCAAUACACCAUCCGAGAAAUUACUAUCUUUUGCAUUUAGAUCUAGAAGCUUCUGAUGAAGAAAGAAUGGAGCUUGCGAAGUAUGUUAGAUCGGAGAAGAAGAAGUUGGAGAAUGUUAUGGUUAUGGGUUUGGCUGAUUUAGUGACGGAGAAAGGUCCGACUAUGUUAGCUAGUACUCUUCAUGGUGUUGCGAUUCUGUUGAAGAAAGCUAAGGAUUGGGAUUGGUUUAUUAAUCUUAGUUCCUCUGAUUAUCCUCUUAUGACUCAAGAUGAUAUUUUGCAUAUCUUCGCAUAUUUGCCCCGGUACUUGAACUUCAUCGAGCACACAAGCAACCUUGGUUGGAAAGAGAACCAAAGAGCAAGACCAAUCAUUAUCGAUCCUGGAUUUUACCAUUUGAAGAAAUCUGGUGUCUUUUGGGCUAAAGAACGUAGAUCUUUGCCUGCUUCAUUCAAACUUUUUAUGGGGUCAACGAGCAUAGCCUUAACAAGACCGUUCCUCGAGUUCUGCAUCUGGGGAUGGGACAAUCUCCCAAGAACGCUAUUGAUGUACUAUACCAACUUCCUUUUGUCAUCCGAAGGCUAUUUUCAGACAGUUGUGUGCAAUAACAAAGAUUUUCAGAACACGACGGUUAACCAUGACCUGCAUUACGUGCAUUGGGAUCCGCUUCUCCAGCAGCGCGCCCUGAAUCUAACGGUUGAGAAUUUCCAUGAUAUGGUCGAAAGCGGUGCUCCAUUUGCGAGGGAGUUUCAGGAGGAUGCUAUCAUACUCGACAAGAUCGACACCGAGCUGCUGGGUCAAACCGAUGGUGGAUUGGGGUUGAAUACUCCGGAGGUUGUUAAGCCAACGGUUAGUUGGAAGAGGCUUGAGAAGCUCAUGGUUAGGCUUCUUGAUCAUGAGAAUUUCAGGGCUAAGCAAUGUAAAUAG